UUGAACAUGUUUCUAACUAUUUAGAUAUCGGCUUGUUUCCUUGAAGAAAAGUGUGAGAAAAGCAGCGUCUAACGUGAUAUAAAAUUUAUAUAAUCAAAAGAAAAAUUUCAAAGGAAUAAUAAAUAUUCGAUCGUGAUAAUUCCCGGAGACGAAAUUUUCGUCCGUCGUAACGGCGUCGCGAGCCAAAAUGUCCGCAGGUUUGUGAUAGGAAGUGCACCCUCGUCUGUCAACAUUUCUUAACUUUGACAAAGUAUGGUAUUAGGAAAGCUUCUAAAUUAUCGACUAAUAUAACGUAUUUUCGCAAUAAACAAAUGUGAAAUGCUAUAAAACAGAUUGAAAAUUAUGCUUGUGUUAAUGGUGUUGUGUUGGUAUAAUUUGUGUUUGUAGCUCUUAUGCAAACUGAAAGACGAUGAAGAAUUAAGAGGCAGGAAUUCAUAAUUUUCUCUGGAUUUUAUGUGAUUGCUAAUAGAAAAAUUAUUUAGUCCAAACUUCAGUGUUCUGAUACAAUAAGGAAUACAUUUGCACGAAUAUCGAUGAAAAACAGCGUAUAUCUUAAUGUUGUAUGGAACUUAACCCAUUGUCAAUGAAAUAAUAGAGAGAAAGAGAGAGAGGGAGAGAGAGAGAGAGAGAGAGAGAGAUAGGGUGAGAGUGAGAGAGAGAGAGAGAGAGAGAGAAAGAGAGAGAGAGAAAGAGAGAGAGAGAAAGAGAGAGAGAGAAAGUUAUUGUAAAAGUAUGAAUUAUAAAUAAUUAGAUUAGAAUUAUUUCUUGCACAUAUUGUGUUCAAGCAAGUGGUUUUACAAACACAUUAGUUAUGAAAGGAGUUUGUGGUAAUGACUCUUUCCUAAAACAGUUUUACUUCAGUGCUUAUCAAUUGUUCAAAUCAUUAAUGCAUUACUAAAAGUGAAUCUAUCAUUACUUAUUAUAGUAAUGUAUAUAAAUUUAUCAUAAAGUGGAUAAACUGUUAUUGACCAGUGUUUUACAUUUAGAUUUAAGAGUUUAGCAAAAGAGAUGCAGUGGGUAUGAAUUUAUUAUAUAAUUAAAAUGUCAAGUGACAGUGAUCAUAAGUACCAAGUGAUUAAGCGCAGAAGGCUUGUCAUUAGAGAUGAUGAAAGCAGCGAUGAAUCUGUCAUUGUACGCUCUCAUAGAAAAAAGCAAGUACAUAGAGUUGUUAGCGAAGGAGAAAGUAGCGAUGAAGAAAGUGAUGUUCCAAAACCAAUGAUUCGAAGAAAAAAUUAUAGAGUAAUUAGCGAAGAUGAUACAUCGGAUGAUGAAAGUAUUGCUUCAGAUGCAAGUAGAUCAAUUCAAUGUGAAAGUGAUAGUUCUGGAUGGCAGUCUGAUUGGACAAGUAAUGAUGAGGUGGAUAAUAAUACUGAAAAUCGUAAUACAAGUCAUAAAUCACCUAGUAAAUCAAAAACUAAAGAGGAGAAAGCUGGGGCAACAUCAACAGCAGUAUCUGAAAUUGAUUCAGAUAAUAGCGAUGAACAAAUAGAAAAAUGUCCUAUAUGUUUACUGCCAUUUAGAAAGCAAGAAUUAGCUACACCAUCAUCUUGCGAACAUUGUUUUUGUCUUGAUUGUUUAAUAGAAUGGAGUAAAAAUAUUAAUACCUGUCCAGUAGAUCGUCAAACGUUUACAGUGAUUCAUGUGAGAAAGCAACUUGGAGGAAAGAUUCUAAGGCAUAUACCUGUUGAAAUAACACCUCGCACCGAGGAACACGUACAAGAAGAUCCAACUUUUUGUGAAAUAUGUCAUCAAUGUGAUAGAGAAGAUCGUAUGUUGUUGUGUGAUGCCUGUGAUUCUGGUUAUCAUUUGGAAUGUCUUACUCCUCCUAUGACUGAAGUUCCCAUGGAAGAAUGGUUUUGUCCAGAAUGUUCUCAAAAUAGUCAAAAUGAUGCUGAAGCGGUUGAAAUUGAUUUGGAUGAAAUCUCAGAUCUUAUGGAAGAAGCACGACGACUUGGUGUUUCAUAUGGUCGAACUCGUACCGGAGUUUCAAAUGAAAAUGUUCAUUCUUUACCUAGAAUAAUUCCUAGAACUCGACAGACUGAACGUGUACGCGCAAAUAUACGCAAUCGUGCUCGUGAAUUACAGAUAAAUAGAGUACACAAUCAUGAACAAAUAUUUGAUCCAAAUCAACCAUCUACUUCAUCCGGUUUGGAAUCAGUUGGUGAUAAUAGCAUAAGUCGAUCUCCAAUAACUUCAAAGUCCAAUUCUAAAUCUAAAUCUAAAGGCAAAACAGCUAAAAGAAAGUCAAAAAAACGUACGAGAUCGUCAAAUAAUAAUGGUACUCUUGUUCGAGAAGUACGAAUUACAGAAUAUAAUGAUGAUGGAGAAGAGGAGGAAAUUGUUACAUAUGUUAAAGUUGCACCAGCCUCGUCACGAAGGAAGUCUAAGAAAAGAACAAAGAGAACGCGCAAGAAGUGGAAACAGAAACGUGCACGUACUGUGUCUUCUGUGUUAGCUAGUAAUCGUACAGUUAAAAGAAGAUUAAGUAAAAUUUUAGGAAUUGUACCAAUCAAAAAUAAUCCAUCGACGACUAUCAUAAAACCUCAACAACCUAUUUCCAAUCGAUCAAUUAUCAAUGAUAGAUAUAAUGCUUUUAUUCCUCAAGUUAGUCUUUUUGGGGAGAAUCUUGGAUUAGAAUAUAGUCCACCUGGAUCUGAGGAUGAGCAGUUUGGUUCAAUCGGCGAUGGCCCCGUAGUUAGCAUUCAAAGACGCUCUAUAGUCGCAUCAACUAGAAGGCACGUGGCUGUAAAAGGCAUUGCCAAUCCUCUUAACAAUUUGGAAGUACAAGAUACAGUGGAUGUUUUAGGCAGUAUUAUCAAUAGCCAAGAACUAUGGCACUCGCGAAAGAAAAACAAUGUUAUUCUUAAGGCUAAUGGAACUUUACAUAUAAGUGAUAGUGAACAUACAAAUAAGCACAGCAUUAAUAACAAUGAAAGUCCCAAAAAAGAAAAAGAGCACAUUGAUCGUCAUAAGCAAGUCAUAAAAAAUUCUGAUACACCUUUAGAUUUAUCUAAUGUUAAUCCAAAUAACAUUAUGCAAGCUCCCUUGUAUAAUAAUCCCUGUGGAGGAGGUAAUAGAGGAAAUUUUCGUGGUGGUUAUCGUGACAACAAUCGUCAUGGUGGACAAAGUUAUGGUGGUAGAGAAUCUCUCUCAGGUGGAGGUCGACAUGGUUAUGGUGGAUCGGAUGCGAGGGAUAAUUUUGGCCAUCGAGAUUUCCGAUCACCAGGAUAUUACAAUCAGAACUUUGAUCAUUGCGGAGGUCCGCCUAUGUUUGGAAGUAAUCCGCCAUUUAGAAAUCGUAAUCCUCAACAUUUCCGAAAUGAAAGGUUUCGAUUUCCUGCUCCAGAAAGGACGCCGUUUACCUUUACAGACGGUUUCGAAAGACCUGGUUUUCCUCCUGAAAGAUUUCCAAGGUCGAGGCCACAAUUACGCAUGCCUGGACCACCGGUGGGCCCUCCUCCAUUAGGGCCAGGGAUACGGCCACAACACGCGCAAAAUCUACCUCCAAAUCUUUCUGAUGAUAUGUCAAGAAAUUUUCAAGGAGAACGAGACAAUUUUAACGUUAUUGAAACUGCCUCUACAUCUUUAAUAAGACAAGAUAACGAUGACUGUGAUAUUUAUUGUGACAUAGAUACUACGAACAAAUCCGGAUAUGACGUUCAAGAUCCUUGUCACAAUAAUAGCGGAAUGGUUUUGUUACCACCCCCCGAACCACCUUCCGAAUUGCUAGAUUUUGAUGAUAACUCUAAAAGUGAUAAAGACAAUGAUAGUGAUCAAGAAUUAGUUAUUGAUGACUCUCAUAAAGAUGAUGCAAAUAAGGAAUUACAAAGUGGUGAUAAAUAUGAUCCAUUCACAGCCGAUAGUGAUAGUAAUGAUAGUACUCGCAACAAAAAUAGUGAAAAAGAUCCAUCUAUAAUAAAUAGUUACGAUAUACCGAUACCUUCGGAUCCUCCACAAGUACCAUCAACUUUUUCACAAGCAGUUCCUACUUGUCAAAAUAUACAACAAGCGACAGUUCAAAAUGUAAGAUCUGAUAUUCGUUUGACGGCUUACGACGACGACGACGACGACGAUUCGCAAGUGGAUUGUCCUAAUUUAUCGAUUUAUUCGUCACAAACGAUGGAUGUUGCUAGACAUACGGAACAAGAAUUGUCGCAACAAAUUGGACCAUUGGAACCACCACCGCUUCCACCGAAUAUACCUGACGAUGAUGACGUUAUAGUUGGAGACGUUCAAGCUUGCGACUUGGCUGAAAUUCCAGAACCGUCGGAUUCUUAUGUGAAAUCGUUACAGAGAGAAAGAAAACCAUUUACUAAAAUAAUACCUAAAAAAUUGUCGCAUGAAUCUAGAAGUAAAAUAACAUUUAAGAUCGGUAGUAAAUUUAAACUUAAUAAUAAAUUAAAUAGUUUAUACGACGAUCUCGAUGAUAUUCCGGAUGAAGUUGAAGAAAAAAAAUUACACAAUGAGAAACAAUCAUCUGACAAAUUAAAAACGAAAGCUGAUCAAAAGAAAGAUGUCGAAAAAGAAACGAAAUCUAUUGAGACAGAUUCUGUCAAAGAGAAAAAUGGAAUUAAAGAUACGGCGAAGGGUGAUUUAAAAGAUAAUGAAAAAUCGAAAUUAAAGGAUCAAGGGGAUGACGAGGGAGUGCAAAAGUUAACGCAAAUAAAUAAUAAUAAAGAAAAGAUAAUAGAUACAUGCAAAAAUCAAAGUCACAGUGAACAGGAUGAUGUAGAAAGGCAUACCGACAAAGUGGAUAAAGAAAAGUUUCCUAUUCAAGAAAACAAAAUAUCAGAGAAUGAUACUGACAAAAGUUGUAAAACUAGCGACAUUGAUAAUGAACAAAAGGAUAAUGUUACUUUGCAACCGGUUAUUGAUAUUACGGAAAAAAGUUCUGACACGAUUAUUUCUAUCGCUGAUACUCUGGAAUCAUCACCUAAAAAAUUAGACAGUAAUGAGUUAAGUGCAGAAUAUAUCGAAGAUAAAGUUGAUGAUUUAAAUGUUAGAAAGGAUAGUCCAAAUCAAAGAGACGACGACGACGACGACGAUGGAAGAAACGAAACAGCUUGUUUUAGAAAAAUCCAAUGGGAGUAUCAAAGUGACAAUUUAAAGGGUAAUUCGAAUAAAUUGAAAACUAAUAAAAUUGGCUCAUUGACGAAAGAAAAUUUGAGAAGUACCGCUGGUGAUAGCGAUUUAGAAAGUGAGAAGGAAGAUAGAAGCAGAGAAUUCAGCGAUAACGAAGAUUUAAAUAGUUCUAAUAGACAAUGUAGAAAGAGUAGCCUUUCUUUUCGUACCGAUGACGACGACGAACGUUUUCCCAUUGAAAAGGAAAAUACACAACAAUUAUUGGGAGAUAAUUUGGAUCAACAUACUUGGGAUUCCGAUGGUGCAUACACACCGUGCAAAGAUGAAUUACCUGUAAACGAUCGAUGUCACGAAUCUUUAGCGCCGUUUGAAAGUGGUUUGGAACCGAUUACACCGACCAAGGAUAAAACGAACGAUGAUUUAGAUGGAUGUAGGACACCAGCAGAUUAUGCUGGUUUAGGAACCGAAGCGAUAUCGGAAACGGAUGAAGCAAUGAACUUCGAAGACGAACUAACCGUUUCUAAUAUUAGAAAGGAAAAGGAUAUGGAGGAAGGGGAGAUAUUGGACGACAGUAAACUAGCCAUGAAGGAGAAUGAAAAGCCGAAGGAUAAGGAUGAGGAAGGUAAGAAGAAGAAAAAAAAGGAGAAGAAAGAAAAGGGUAAGGACGUAGAGAAGAAUAAAGAAAAUAUAUCUUCCGACAAUCAUGUCGCAUGGAAGAAAAUUUCGAAAAGUACGAAGGAGAGACAGUAUCGUGAUAAGGACAAGAGAUCAAAAUCGAAAGAAAAGGAAAAGGACAAGGAUAAGGAUAAGGAUAAAGAUAAAGAGAAGGAAAAGGAUAAGGAUAAGGAGAAAACGAAAAAGAAGGCGAAGGAAAUUACGAAGAAAAAAGAAAAAAGGAAAGAAUUGCCAAGAUAUGACGUUAGGAAAAUCGUCGCUGAGAAGCCCGCUAGACCUAAGAAGGACGAGUACGGUAGAGAUAUCAGAGAAAAAUCACGAAGUAGAACCAGAAGUCGCAGUUUAUCGAGUCGCAUGUCACGUUCCAGGGAUCGUAGAAGUCGUUCUUACUCGAGAUUACGAUCGAGAAGUAGAUCUAGAGUUAGACUUCAUAGAUCAUGGUCGAGAGAACGAAGAUCUUAUUCGAAGGCAGGCGGUAGAUCCGUGUCGAGGAGAUCGUUAUCUCGAUCUCGGCGUAGAUCACCAAGGAGAAGAUCCCUCUCUAGAAGACGAUCUUUAUCAAGAAAACGAUCUUUGUCAAGAAAACGAUCUUUAUCAAGAAAACGUUCGAUCUCUAGGAGAAGAUCAAGAUCAAGAUCAACUUCGCGGAAACGUCGAUCCUUAUCGCCAAGGCGAAGAUCGCGAAGAAGAUCGCUCUCGAGAUCUCGUACCAGAAGGAAAGGAAAAUUGAAGAAAUACAAGUCGAGGAGUCGAUCGAGAAAUCGUAAGAGAUCACGUUCUAGAUCUCCUAAAGCAACGUCGAAAUCACGAGAGAAGAGGCACAACAAAAGAAAGCCCGCCAGUAGAUCACGAUCGAAAGGUAGAUCUUGUUCGCGUGAACGUGAUCGUAGUAGAAAUUGGGAACAGAUCAAUGAGAAACCGAUAGAACAUAAUCAACAUUUUUCACGGGAACGCGAUGAGCGUGAAUCUUGGAGCGCCGAAUGGACACCGUCGUGGUCCAGAUCAAGAUCAAAGACACCAUCUCAUACUCAACCCGAACCUUUACCAUCACGUGAAUGGUCACCACCUUCUGUCCUGGAUAGCGUAUCGGUACCGCCUAAAAAUUUAACUGUUAUUCUAACUAAUAAGGAAGCUAUUAAGAAGAAGAAGAAGGAACGAAGGAAAGAGAGUAAGAAAUCGAAGGAACCUGAAAAACGAAGGAAAACUAAGAGAAAUAGAACUCCACCGCCGUCUAAAGAAGUCUUCGCUAGUGGUGACAAUAUUUUAGUCAGCGUAUGCUUUAACAAAGAGAACGAAGCUAAUCAGACUAGCGCACCUGAGCUACCCGAAACUAUUCCGCUUAUACAACCUUUAAAACGUAGACGUAGAGAACCGAUACAAGCGGAAGCAGCGGCAGCGGCAGCUGUGGCAGCUGCAGCAGCACCACCUAAAAGAUCAAAGAAGGAUAAGACGAAAGCUAAACGUUCGAAAUCACCCAAAGGGAAAAAAGAAAAGAAGAAGAAAUCGAAGGCAGCAGAAAUCGCAGCUACCAAGAAACCCGUGGCUGUAAUCGAUCUGGACCAAUCACCUUUCCGAGAACAAACUCCUUCUCCUCGCGACGUUAUAGUUUUAAGCGAUGACGAUGACAAACAGGCACAGGAGGUUGCUACUCCGGAACAAUGUCCGCCACAGGCAUCUCCUCCUCGCGAGCAAUUCGUUUCACAAGGGCCAAAGACACCCCCCGAACCGCAAAUUAAAUUUUCAAUAAAUAAGCAAACGAGCAAUCUCAGACCUUCCAUGAUGAAUCCUUUAUUGGAAGAAGAGGAAGAGGAAAUGGAUGAAAGAGUCGAGGAGGAACUUGAAAUGAGAGCUCAAGAGGAAUUAGAGUUGCGAUUGAAAAUUGGUCCCAACACACCACCGGAUCCACCUACUUCACCCCCAACCUCUCCCGAUGCUUAUGAUCCAUUCGAUCCCACGAAAUCUCGAUCACCGACUCCUGAUGUUAGUCAAGAAGCUACGUCGAACGAUGAAAGAGACAAAAGUCAAAGAAAUUCACCGAGAAGUCAUGAUGCCGCCGACAUCACCUUGAUGCCUGACGAACCUAUGCAGCAACAAGAUCAACCUACGCAAGAGAAACAACUUGAAAAGCCGAAAAUAAUCUCAAUGGUUACGAUUAAAAGAGCAUCACCGAAAAGAGAUUCAUCGCCGGUAGCGGAAAGCCAAACGGAUACGGUACAAUCAUGUAGUAGUCCACCAAAAGUACAACAGAAUCAACAAAAUGCACAAUCUACGAGUAAUCCAUUUGCUACUAUUAAUCCUGUUUUGGCGACUGUUGCUGCUGCAGUACAAAGAAGCACUGGAUUUAGUACUAGCACACCUAAUACAAGUCAACGUAAUUUGAUACAGUCAAAUCGCAUUUCACCAAGUAAUCAAAUGAAGCAACAACGUACAAGCGAUAGACCGCAACUUCCUAACAUCUUUACUAAUAGUACAAAGUCUACAUUAACGCGUGCUUCCAAAUCUAAUCAAAAUAAAAACAGUUCUACCAUGGGACAAAAUGGCAGCGAUGUAAUAAUGGAAGUGACCAACGAUGCUGUCGAUAUGUCUUCGCCUUAUUCGCCAGGAUCGAGUUUAAGCGAUGGCAUGUUCGAUCCACCUAGUCCAGGAAAUUAUAAUAGUCCUUCUAUUCAGCCAGUCAUCACAAAUAAUAAGAAUAAUGCAUCUAAGCCAAAUAAAAGUACAGAGAAGAAAGAUGCUUUUGAUGCGUUGUUUGCAGCAGGACCGCCUCCAAAGGCAGUUAGUAAAAAUAGGAGUAAAAAACCUACUGAAAAGAAGAAGAAAUCUACCAAUCCAAAAGUCGGAGUGCGGAUGGACGAAAAUCAACUUCAAAUUUUGGAUGAUCUUCCUAGUUCUGCGGUAGAAAUGCAAGUGAAAGAUAAGUUCUUGAAGAAAUUAAAUCGUCAAGAAAGAGUCGUAGAAGAAGUAAAGUUAGUGUUAAAGCCACAUUAUACCAAAAAGCAUGUUACAAAGGAAGAAUAUAAGGAUAUUAUGCGAAAAGCUGUACCGAAGAUAUGCCAUAACAAAACGGGAGAAAUCAAUCCUAAGAAGAUAGCUCAUUUAAUAGAGGCAUAUGUGAAAAAACUUCGAAACAGUAAAAAACAAAAAGUAUCUUUGACUUCAACAUCAAAGGCCUCGAAACCGGCGAAAACGCUGUGGAGUUGAUCAUAUGUUGGAAAUGUUAGUGCAUGAACAAUUUCUUAAGUCGUAGGCCUCUCCGUAAAUCGCGAUUAAGCACAUUUUAUCGUCCGGGUUGUAAGUGAGUCUGUGUUUUUGGGUAUCCACACUCCAUCACAACCACCGAAUAAUGUGUAUUAUGUGUACAUACUUAAUUCACUAAUUUUAAGCGUAAUAUUUUUAUUUAUCUACGUAAUUCUUUACAAACAAACAUACACGCACGCACACACACAAACACAUACACACACACACUCAGACACAUACACACGCGCGCACACACACACACACACACAGACAUGAACGACGGAGUUCAAUAUAAUAGAAUAUUAUGAAGUUCAAUGUGUAGACAUCAUGGUCUAUAUUCAAGCUGCACAUUUGGAAAAUCUAUGAUCGUUCUCUUAGUAUCUUUGUUUGUAUCGACAUAGAUGAUACUAGCAUUUCUACACGCGUAUGUGUUAUGAAUGCAGACCAUUAUUAUGAUCUACAUUUAAGACUAGGGAGUGUAAAAUAAGGUCAUAUUUAAAUAUGCGUUCAUACUCGCAACACAUGAUGAGAAUAAAAUGCUCAAGAUAUUCGUGUCGCUAUUUAUGGGAGAGGAAGUAAAUUGGCCGGUAAUUUCUGUAUAGCCUGAUGUAAAAUUAUUAGAUUUUUAAGCUAAUUAUAUUAUUACGAAUAAGAAAUGGCCUGUGUCCUGGAAGUUUUUCAUACGAUUUUAUUUCCAACAAAUUAGGAAAUGAAAGAUUUCAUUUACAUUACAACUUCAUUGUGAACAAUAUGAAUAAAUGGCUUACACCGAUAUAUACAUGUUCGUUGGUUAACAAAUUCAUGAUGUAAAUAAGAUCGUGUAUAGAACUUCAAAACGUCUAAUAUACGGAUCUAAUAGAAAAUCAAUGUUUUUACUUUCACACAUUAAAUAUAUUUCAUUUGAGAUAAAAAUUAUAUUCAUUUGUUUUACUUCAAAGUAAGAUAUAUAAUCUGUUGUAUCUCACAUUCGUAUUACAAUAUUGACAUAUUUUCCUACACUAUCUUAUGCAAAUCUUUUAAAUAAAUGCAAUACAAACUUUGCAUAGUCACAUUCUGUUAUUCAAAAUGUGCAUUCAACGCGAUGAAGAUUAAAGGAACGUGCACCAUAAUAAAGCUAUUAAAUGACAUCUAUCUCAAAUAAGAUAUGUGUUUGUUCAUGGAAAGAUGAUGUUAUUUAUAUAAAGAAAGUCUCUGCUUCUUGCAAUAACAGAUUAUCAAAAUCUAUAUGUGGGUGAGGUUAUGUUUAUUAAAAUAAGUUAUAGAGGAAAGCUAAUCACAAAAUUGUAUAUUUCAUUUCCUAAGUAUCUGAAAACACAUAUUUUAUCUAUCACAUACAACAACAAAAUUACAUUAAUUAAUUAAUUAAUCUACAGUUAUAUUACAUAUUUCAAAAUUUAUUUUUAAUUUCAUCAAAGUGAGAGAUCAGUAGAUUUUGUACGUUCUAAGAUGACAUUAAAAUUUCUGAAUCCUCUUGCGAUUUACAUUAUACGUUAAGUAUGUGGAAUGUGUUUGAUUAGAAAAUAAAAAUUCAUAAAUCCACACUUUACACUAUUACAAAUGAAUCUUUAUCUCUAUUCACUGGUACAUGUAGAAACUGUUUCAUAUGGACAGUAUGUGCAUGAACAUUUUUGUACUAAAUAUAAUAAUGUAUAUAUAAAUGAGCGAAAAUAAAUGACAAAAAAUAAAACAUUUAAUAUCGAUAAAUCGUCCUAAUAUUAUUUAUUCUUUACAAAAUUAUGUUCGAUUGGACGUUGUCACGGAGUAUUCAUAAUUAUUCUAUUAUCGCGGGUAAACGAUCAACCAAUCAGAUUAUAGCUACCAUGAUAGUUACAUUUAAACAGACUUGUAAAACAAUCGUCGUUAUUAAAAUAUUUCUUUAUUCAUUAUCUACUUUUUGAAUAUUCAGUUGGAACUUAACAAAAAAAAAAAGAAAAAAACUGGAUAAAAAUUACGUGUACAAAAAAAAACGUAAAAUUUUAUAGGUCCUGUGAACGAUAUUUUUAUUUAAUAAUAUAAAAUACAUAGUCAGCAUUUAAACCAAUCGAAUUCUUGGAUCAAUAAGUCAUCCAUUUUGAAGAAUCAUUUGAUUUAUCGUAUACUAAAAUCAUCAAUAAAUUUUCCAAAGUUAUUCUCACACAUCAGAAAUUUUCGAAUUCUUAAUUAAUUAUAAUUUUGAUCGUCUUAUUACAAGAACUAA